AUGCUCGGAGUCCUCUUCGCUGUGUUGACUCUGGCACCUGCAGCCUUUGGCUGCGGGGUUCCUGCCUACCCACCUCUUGUAUCCAGAGUUGUUGGAGGGGAAAAUGCAAGACCAUACAGCUGGCCCUGGCAGGCCUCCCUUCAAUACAAUUCCAAUGGCAAUUGGCGUCACACCUGUGGAGGAACCCUCAUUGCCACCAACUGGGUACUGACAGCUGCCCACUGCAUCAGUUCUUCUCGGACAUAUCGAGUGUUUCUUGGAAAAUACAACCUAGCAGCUGAGGAAGAAGGAUCAAUUGCACUUUCUCCAGAAAAGAUAAUUGUUAAUGAGAACUGGAAUCCACAGGAUGUUGCAAAUGGGUAUGACAUUGCUUUGAUCAAACUCUCUGAGCAUGUCACCUUAAGUGACCAGAUUCAGCUGGCCUGCCUGCCCCCUGCCCAAAGCAUCCUGUCCUCCAACACUGCCUGCUAUGUGACUGGCUGGGGGAGACUGCAGACAAAUGGACCCCUUCCUGAUGACCUGCAGCAAGGCCUUCUGCUGGUGGUGGAUUAUGCAACCUGCUCCAAGCCUUCCUGGUGGGGACAGACAGUGAAACCCACCAUGGUUUGCGCUGGUGGGGAUGGAAUCAUCUCCAGUUGUAACGGGGACUCUGGGGGCCCACUGAACUGCCAAGGGGCUGAUGGCAGGUGGGAAGUGCACGGCAUCGUCAGCUUCGGCUCUUCUCUUGGCUGCAACUACUAUCAGAAACCCUCUGUCUUCACUCGGGUCUCUGCCUACAACAGCUGGAUCGAGCAGCAAAUGACAGAUUGGAUACACAGUUAUGCCAGGAACCUCAAGGAAAAGACAGAGGACUUGAAAAGGGAGAGGCGCCUAGCUGAGGACCUCUUACACCAGAUGUUGCCAAAGUCUGUGGCCAAGCAGCUAAGGAAAUGCCAAAAAGUUGAGGCAGAAAACUAUGAUCAGGUCACUAUCUUUUUCUCGGACAUUGUGGGGUUCACAAGCAUUGCUGCCUCCUGCACUCCCUUGCAAGUGGUUGAGAUGCUCAACAAUCUGUACGUCUGCUUUGACACCAGGAUUGAGUCUUAUGAUGUGUACAAGGUGGAAACCAUUGGGGAUGCCUACAUGGUAGUGAGUGGCCUGCCAGAGAGGAAUGGCAUCAAACACGCCGACGAGAUUGCCAAAAUGUCCCUGGAUCUGGUGGCAGCAGUGCGGCAGGUUGUGAUCCCUCACAUGCCAAUGGGCAGACUGGAGCUGCGGGCUGGGAUACACACAGCACAGAAGAUCCACAUCAGUUCUGCUACAUAUGAAGCCCUUCUCACAGAUGAUGCAUAUGAAAUUGAACUGAGAGGAGAAAUUGAAGUCAAGGCUGGUGUGGGAGCAGCUCCAGCUGCACAGAGCCCUGCCAUGUCCUGGGAUGAGCUGAGCCUGGACACUCACACUCGAAGGAGUUCUAGACCAGACUGGAGCCCUGAGAGUGUCACCCAUGGAGCUGACGACUGUGCUGAAGUCUCCGUCUUAGCUGCACCACCUCAGUGA